CAAAUUAUGAAAAAAAAAGAUUUUUGACCAGUGACACAUAAUGUCUGGUAUUUACGUGAAAUGACUUUUAAUAAUUAUUCCGUUGAGUAGGCCUAGAAAAGUAUGAUUUCUAUAGCGUUUUUGUAUUCACACUUACACUCCUGUCACCUUAAACGAUGUAAUCCUCACGUAAAAUAUUUUAAGUGCAAAAUUUCGUGCUUAUAGUUACAUCAUUUAUCCAUACAUGUAGCUUCAAUUGUCAUCACAGGUGGUGCGAAGAGAAACGACUGCAUAGUAAAUGCAGACUUCGCAGCUUUUGUGUGUCGUUUCCUGAAUUCGUCGACUGAAGCAAUGAAGCUAUCAGCUUACGAAUACAAAGCACUUGGCUAGUCCCCACAAGUUCAAUUUAUAACGUCACCUGCCGCAUGCAAUCAUUGUAAGAUUUAUAAUAGAAAGUUCCUGUAUUGCAACCAUGGCAACGUUUACAAUAUGUGCGGCAAGCUGAACCCUGCUUAAGUGCACGUAUAUAGCUGAUCACAGUUGCCCAUGCAGGGGUGGAUAUCGUUUUGUUGAAAAAAGCUGUAGGGGAGCACUGCCACAGUGGAUGUCAAUUCGUCCAUGACCGCAACAAGACAAUACCCUGAAAAAUCCGUCCAGUCGAGGGAAAAUAGUUGUGGCUAGUGUGUGACAACAGGUGCCUAAACGUUUAUCUACACAUAGUUUCUGUGCUGUUACGGGGUGGGACGGCAUUGGUCGCCCAACAUGGGGCUAGCUGGCUGCUUCAGGGUUCUGCUAUUCAUUGAGAACUUCAUCUUUUGGCUGAUUGGCACAGCCUUAAUCAUCGUCGGAGCUUAUGUCCUUGUCGCCCCAGAGCUCCCGGCCUUUCUGAAGAUUCUAGAAGGAACACAGGUUAUUUGCUAUGUUGCUAUCGGAGUGGGCGGUUGUCUCUUUAUCAUAGGCUUUUUGGGCUGUUGUGGUGCCUUCAAAAAGAACCCUUGCCUCCUGAAGACAUAUGCUGGCAUACUGAUAAUCCUUGUCAUCCUGGAGGUUACUGGAGCCAUCCUCAUCUGGCAGUUGGAAGAAAAGAUUGUUUACUUUCUCUCAUUUGGAUGGAACACAUUGGAUGCAAACAGCGUGAACAUCAUUCAGCAGCAGUUUACUUGCUGUGGUUUCAACAGUCCGGGCGAGACCACAUUGGCUUCUUUAAUCGUCCCUCCCUCGUGCCGUGACUCGUCUGGAGAAGCUUUCAAAAUCGGCUGUUACGACAAACUGAAGCAGACUAUCAACGAAAAUAUCGUCAUCUCUGCGUCAGUAGCGGGCGCUGUCGCCUUUCUGCAGGUUGUCAGCAUCAUUGUCUCCUGUAUCCUUGGCAGAGAAGAAAAGCCCACUCGAGUACGGCCAAUUCCAGGAGGAAGACAGGCUUGGAGUACAGGUGGCUAUGCCUAGGGAGAAUGGUUCUAAACUCACUGUGAAGGUCAAACAUGCAGGGGAACUCAGAGGGGUUUGCAAGUAAAGUAACUUUCUGGUACAUUGAACAAGCCAACAACAGCUUAAAGGUCUGGAUGCCCAAUGUUGUGGUGUCACGAAACCGAACGACAAUAAUUCACCGUAUGACUGUUAGUCGUUUUAUUUAGUCGGACAACGACGCGAAUCUUUCUUGGGAUUGGAACAUAUUUUUACAAUUGUCUACACUGAAAUGAAGGAAAAGUAUUCAGCAUCCCAUUUGGGUUAAUCUUGAUGAAGGAGUGCCACUUUGUGAAUUUCAACAUUUCCAGUACUUCUCCUUUAAUGCGGGGGAAGGGGUUGCCUUGAUGUCAUUAUCAGGAUGACAUUGUUCAUGUGGGGGGCUCUGUUCAACUUCUGAACAACCAAAACGUAUCACUUUGCUCACUGGUCUAAAGUUAUGCACUGAACAACAAGUCACUAAAAGACGAGAUAAUUUGAUAGAGAAAAAUGUCCACACAUCUGUGAUGAAGUUCGUAGUCAGAGAGGUGUCUGCCUGAAAUGACAGAAAAUGCUGCUCAGAAAUUUACAAAGAUGAAUCAGUAUUGAGAAAAGGCAUCAAACUGCCCUGAAAACCGGUGAAACAGAAAUUGAGAACUAUGUUAGGCCAUCUGGAACAGUAUUGAAUCAACAGAAUUGCGUGAGCCUUUCAAAUUUUGUGACAAAAAAGACUUAAACAUUUCAAACUCACCAGGUAAGAGUACAUGAAUAUUUGAGAAGUGGAGUUUGUACAUCAUACUCAGAAAUAAAGGUAUCAUUACCUAAUUACAUCUGGCAUAGUCUUGCAGCUAGGUAAGUGUUCCAUGAGCAAUUUGAGGUUGCUUCAAGUGUGUUCUGUUUGUAGCUGACGGUGUUUAUUGCAGUAAUUUUAGUGAGUUACAUUGUAACAUUCUUUCCAAGCGUGGCUUUUGUGCGAUGUGGAGGGAGAAAUGAUUUGUUUGCUACUUUAAUUCUAUUUAGAUUGAAACUAGGUUGUACUCAGACAUUAUCGGCAUCUUUGUUUUAUUUGUCUGAUGUGUUGUUUUUCUGCAGUACUUUGAACCGAAAUUUGAAUCGAAAUACCAAUUUCCUGUGAGUUAUUUAUCUAGACAGAGAACGAAAAUGUUGCAAUCUUUGCGUAUCAGAUGCAUAGCAUGAGUCAAACAGGGUGUUUGGAAUGUCAAAUCGGGGUACAAAGUGUCGCUAUUUUGGUCUUUUAAGUGAAAUAGUCUUUUUAAACAUUAUUCUUUGCAUAUUCAUUUGGUUCCUUUUUAUUUUGUAAUAUUUAAACGUGAUUGAAAAUGCAAACAAAAAAUACUGAAAAGAUAUGUAAUCCCGUGUGUAAAGCAGACAUAGAUUUGUGUCAUUUGCAAGUGACAAAUCUUUGUAUCAUUUGCAAGUUACAAAUGACACCAAAUAUUUGGCGAGUCCGUUCACCACAGUGACUUGCUGAUAAAAAGACGCUACAUCGGUUGAAGCUGAAAAAACUUGACACGAACGUGGCUUAUUUGUCUUGGAGAAGUUACGACCGAAAUAUUCCAUGAUGUCAUUCCAUUGUUUCCCCGCUAAAGUGAACUUUCUGCUACAUGCGUACAAGUUGAGUUGCAUAAUAAUUACCGUUUUCAUGUUCUUAUAGUUCCGUGUGUUGGGCCCGAGCUUUGAUUUGUUACCUUGAAAGUGAUCAUGUACAUUGUAUGUACACGUUGAUAUAAUACGUUGCUCGUUCUUGUAUCAUGAAUUUAGCUUAGAGGAGAGAGCUCAUAGAAAAUAAUAAACACAGAAAAUACUGAUAUUCUUCACA